AUGGCACGCAAAUACCUCGGAGGGUCUGGCGAACAACUUACGGUGUGGAUAUCUAUUGCAGCAUCAACCGUACUGAUUUUCUAUGGGUACGAUCAAGGCGUCUUCGGAAAUGUCAUCAUCAACGAGAACUUUUUGCACACAUUCGGCUAUCCGUCAGCCAACAUGCAAGGGGUGAUGACUUCGAUAUACAACAUUGGCUGCUUCAUCGGUGCCAUGAGCACCGUCUGGACUGGCGACAUGCUCGGCCGACCGCGACAGAUAUUGCUAGGCUCUACAAUCAUCGCCAUCGGAGCAAUCAUACAAACAUGUAGCUGGACUGUGGCUAGUAUGAUGGUAGGGCGCAUCGUGGCUGGCCUCGGGACAGGCAUGAACACGUCGACUGCUGGUGUUUGGCAGGCGGAGACUAGCAAGAUGAGCAGUAGAGGAAAGCUGGUUAUCAUCCAAAUGGCAAACUGCAUCACUGGCUUCAGCAUCUCUAAUUGGCUCACACUUGGCUUUUCCUUUGCACCGCGAGAUGUUGCGUGGCGUUUCCCUCUCGCGUUCCAGCUCUUCUUCACAUUCUGUAUCUACGCCAUGUGCCCAUUUCUACCAGACUCGCCUCGUCUCUUGAUUCGAAAAGGAAAGCAUGAAGAAGCACUUGAAGUUUUGGCUGCACUGGAAGGACAUGGCGCCACGCCGGAGUCGCCAACUGUCGUCACCCAAUACAAUAUCAUCAAGGACAUUCUCGAUCGUGAGCAUUUGAAUACAUAUACCUGGUGGCAGCUUGUCUCAGGAAAGGGACCCAGCGGCGUUCUGCGAAGGAUGAUUCUCGGCGCGUGGAUGCAGGUCAUGAACCAAAUCUCUGGCAUCAAUGUCACCUCCUACUACAUGAGCUACAUCUUCAUCAAUGCUCUGGGUAUCUCCGAGCUGCUGUCUCGCAUCCUGGCUGCGGCCGGAUCCGUUGACUAUUUGAUCUUCGCUUGUUUGGCAUACUUUGUAAUCGAGCGUUACGGACGUCCUGACAUUUCGAAGGUCAUGAUGGUCUCCGCAGCAGCAUGCGCAUUGUGCUGGAUCAUGAUUGCUAUAUCACAAGGCCGGACCGAAGCUGGCGGCGAUAAAUACAAGCUCGGCAUUGUCGCUGUGUCCUUUUUCUUCGUAUUUUUCGCCAGUUUCGGUAUGGGUGUUCUUGUUGUGCAAGCCACGCUCCCCGGGAUUGAGAGCCUCGGCUACAAAUUCUGGGUCAUCUGGGCUGUCAUUUGCUUUUCGUUCAUUCCCAUCACGUAUUUCAUCUAUCCCGAGACUGCAAACCGAACGCUCGAGGACAUUGAUCGUUUCUUUGAAGGAGAGCCAGGCUUACUCAUUCAUCGGAACAAGUUGGCCGUGCAAUUGCAUCGUCCGGCCGCAUUCAUUGAAGCGGAUGAGAAGAUUGCCGCCGGAGAUCAAGCCAUGCGCAAGGGAAAAGCAGAGAGCGUGACCAGUGCACAUGUUGAGACAAAGGAAACGCAAGACGAUUGGGGAAAAGCUAUUCAAGGUGUCGACUUCAACAAUGAACUGUACAGCAGAGAUUCAACCCUAAGCGACAUGUAUCGAGACUAG